GAUGAUGAUGAUGAUGAUGAUGAUGAUGAUGAUGAUGAUGAUGCUGAUGAUGAUUAUGAGGAUGAUGAUGGUGUUGGUGAUGAUGAUGAUGAUGAUGAUGAUGAUGAUGAUGAUGAUGAUGAUGAUUCGGAUGAUGGGAUGAUGAUGAUGAUGAUGAUGAUGAUGAUGAUGAUUCGGAUGAUGAUUCGAUGA